ACACUAAAUGAAAAGUUAAAAAAAACUUUAUAACUAAGAUUAGUUUUCUUAAGGGUGAAAAGCAAAGUGGAGAUGGUGGGGGGGGGUCUUUUGUGGGUACAGGAGAAGACACUGAGCAGUUCCUGUGAUGAUCUGAGAGAGAGAGAGAGAGAGCGAGAGCGAGAACGAGAGAGAUAGAGAGGAUUGUGUUAACCGCUGCUUUGCUGGUGAUCACCUGGGCAGAUCAGGAAAGCAGUUCAACCUGUUGAGUUGGUUGAGAAGGGAAGUUGGGAGUUGGCGAUGGGAGCAAGCGUUGCCUUUAGCCCAGUCACCAGUAAGUGAGUGAGUGAGUGAUUGCUGUCAAGUCGAGUCAUUGCAUUUGCCUCAAUUGGAGUUUCCACCGACACAGAAGCGACCCAAAGACAUUGGAAGCUACAGGGAGAGAUGUUGCUCUGCGGACAGAGAGGCUGAGACGCUGGGAACACAAACUCCUCUGGAACCCAAGACACAGUUUCUGGCUGCUUCAGGCAAAGGAAACGCAGUAACCCUCAGCAUGGCAGCCACCACCACAGAGGCAGGGAAAUUCAAUGUGACGUCAGCAACUUCCAAGACUCCUGAACAAAUGUUGUACCAGAGCUCUGGUGCUAUCGUAGCUGCUAUUGUGAUCGUAAUAAUAAUCCUAUUCACUUUGGUGGUGGUGGUUUUGAAGCACUGCAACAGACAAAACCGAAUAAGAAGGGAACUGGCUCCCAAAGCUUCCAAACAGGCGUCCAACCCGUUUGCACAGAGCAGCAUCGCAGGCAGUCGGCCCACCUCCCUCGUCUCCAUCUCGUCCAACAUCCCCCUGGAGAGGAAAUAUUAACAGCGUCUCCUGGUUGGAGCCGAGAGAGGAUGACGAGUUUUUACAGUCGACGAGCGCAGGAAUGGCUGGGCGGUAGGAAGUGGGGAAGACAUGCAUGUGAGUGCGUGUGUGUGUGUAAUCCAAACACAACUAGAACAUCUCCAACUUGGCGGAGUGUGCCAUGCACUGAUUUUCACACUCGCGCCCCGGAAACCAAGCAGAAGGAAUAGCUCCACAGAUGUCAACUUUACGACCAUGGCUUGGAGUUCAUCCUCCACCCCCGAAACUGAUCUCCGAGUCUUUGCCGAUGACGAAGGUCUCUGUGUAGCUGAAGGAGAGAGUGUGUGUGUGUGUCUCGCCACUGGAUGGAGACUCAGUGGAUUUACUUACCGUCAGGGUCAGAGGGUUUUGACUGUGAACUGAUCCCUCGAAUCGGAUUGAGGGUCGUUUGACGUCCAUCCUUGCAGUUAAAUUGUUUGUGACUGCCACAGACGUUACAAUGAAGGAAAAGAAAACUAUCAAAACUGUUUACAUUGACUAUGUUUCACUAACUUGCCUGGUUAGUUUGCUUCGAAGGUACUACCCAUCACGUGUGAAAGGCGCACCUUAUUUCUGUCUGUUGUCAGUUUAACUCUUUAAAUCCCAAACUCCCCUGGGAAGAGAUUGCUUCUGAAGGAAACGCUUUUCUUCCAAAGUUCUGUACAGUGUUUUUUUUUUGUUUGUUUUGUUUGCUUUAUAUGUGACCCGACAUUUUGUAAGAAGAACAGAUAGCAGUAAUAUCAGCUGCGGAGAUAAAUGAAUAGAGAAAUCGCAGUCAAGUUCAUUUGACUGCACUCAAGCAAACGUCUCCGUCUUGAAUAGUCUCAUUAUUUAUUUAUUUUUGUUGUGAAUGUUUUUUUUUCUAACAUUAGAACAGCUUAAUGGUGCAUCGUGAAUAUUCUGUAUGUUUUUGGAGUGUUCGGUCAUAGUCUAGCCAUCAAAAGAGAGAGGGAGGGAGAGUAGGUACAAUCAACCUCAUGGGGAAAAUGAGAGAGCGAUGGGAACAUAGGAACAGGAGGAGGCCAUUCAGCCCCUUGAGUCUGUUCUGC